GCGUGUCAGUUCGAAAGCGGCCGCGGACAAUAACUGACAACCGACCGGCCAGUCAGCUAGCCAGCCGCGCUCGCUCGCGUUCCUCGGCUCUCCGAAGCUUCCUCGAGCGACCAUGUUCGUCGAGAGUGCCCGCGGAUGAUCGUCGUCGCGCGAGUGUCUGUGCGAGAUGGAUGAAACGUGAAAGUUCGGACGAGUGCCAAAGGGUCUGCUUCGAGACCGAGUGCGGUGCGUUUUUCGGCAGUGAUUCGUCGAGGCCUUCGUCGAGGUACUCUCCGUCGGCGGCAGCGCGUCGCGUCGCCGCGGCCGCAUUAGGUGCGCGGAGAUUAAUCGGGACACCUCGCACCCCGUGGACGAGCGGAGAGGCUAAUUUGUGGGCGAAAGUCGAAUCGUGCCAGCGGAAGCGAGAAAACCGCGAUGCAGAGAGGGGCAGCGGGGGGCUGAACUCGAAGAGGUGAGCUGCGAGAAGAAGCGACCAGUGCUCGCGGAACGAAAUCAUCCCCAAAUGCUCGCCGGGGGCGGGGAAGAGGCGCAUCACAGGGCAUCGCAGCGGAACGUUGACCCAGCGAGGAUCGGCGCCUUGCCCGGAUUUCACGGGGACGCGUGAAUCGCGCGAAUCGCGCGCCGGCAAAAAUGCGAAACGGCGGUCAGCCGCAGCAGACGGCGGUAAUGGCACCGCCGCACCUAAACGGCUCCGCGCAAUUCGUUUCCGGCGGUUACGUCGGCUACGUGCCACGCCAGCCCUGGGGGCAAUUUCAAGGGGCGCAGCAUCCCAGGAACACGGCCAGGCCUCUGUCGCAUCCGCCGCCGCCGCCGCCGCCCUCCAGAAGGGAGAGCCAAAGACCACCUCCUCCCUCCGGGAACGGUUCUACCAACCCUAAGAGCACGUCCCUUCCGCAUACCAGGCCCGGGACAAACAGGAGCACCACCCCCUCGAAGGUGGACCCCGAGCUGAUAUUCACGAAACAAGAACGGAUCGGGAAGGGUAGCUUCGGCGAGGUGUUCAAGGGGAUCGACAACAGGACCCAGCAAGUGGUUGCCAUCAAGAUCAUCGAUCUAGAGGAGGCGGAAGAUGAGAUCGAAGACAUACAGCAGGAGAUCAUGGUGCUGUCGCAGUGCGACAGCCCCUACGUCACCAAGUAUUACGGGUCCUACCUCAAGGGCACGAAACUAUGGAUUAUUAUGGAGUACUUGGGUGGCGGCUCGGCCCUGGACUUGAUGAAGGCCGGCAGCUUCGAGGAAAUGCAUAUCGCGGUGAUAUUGCGCGAGGUCCUCAAAGGGCUGGAUUAUCUUCACAGCGAGCGGAAGCUUCAUCGCGAUAUUAAAGCGGCGAACGUUCUGCUGAGCGAGAUGGGCGACGUGAAACUGGCCGACUUCGGUGUGGCCGGACAGUUGACCAACACGACCAGCAAACGAAACACUUUCGUCGGGACGCCGUUCUGGAUGGCGCCGGAAGUGAUCAAACAGUCCGCCUACGAUUCGAAGGCUGACAUUUGGUCGCUGGGCAUCACGGCGAUCGAAUUGGCCAAGGGAGAGCCGCCGAACAGCGAGCUGCAUCCCAUGAGGGUGCUCUUCCUCAUACCGAAGAACAAUCCCCCGCAGCUAACCGGAAAUUACACGAAGCAGUUCAAGGAGUUCGUCGAGGCCUGCCUGAACAAGGACCCCGAGAACAGGCCAACGGCGAAGGAGCUGCUCAAGUUCCAGUUCAUCAGGAAGGCGAAGAAGAACUCGUACCUGAUCGACCUGAUAGACCGGUACAAAAAGUGGAAGUCGCAGCGCAGCGAGGAAUCCGAGACGGAGAGCGAAAAUUCGGACUCGGAGGAAUCGAAGCAGGACAGCGACAUGGACGAGCCCUGGAUAAUGACGGUGAAGGGACCCCACGGGAUGAAGGGCCCCGUGGUGCCCAUGCUGCCACUGGACGAGCAGCCAGCCUCGUUGACCCUAACACACACGACCAACCAUAAUCAGCAGACGAAGCCGCAGGCGAACGGAGCGUCGAGGUCUCCGCCGAAGGAUUCGACGUUGAACCAUUACAGAAGCGAGACGACGGACUCUGUCCGCGACGGGCAGGCCAAGCACACGCCGUCGCGGCCGCACGAGGCAGCGCCACCCCCGCCGGUGGACACGCGAGAGAAGCGGGACGACCGGGAUUACAGGGACUUCGACAGGAACUCCUUGACGAGAGAGCUGAAGAAGCCUCGCGAGGCCAGGGACAGCAGGGACAGCAGGGACAGCAGGGGCGAGGCGAGGGACAGAGGAGACAGAGGAGACAGAGGGGAGAGAGAAAGACGGGAAAAGGACGUGAAUUCGAAGGAGUGGAUGAGGCUGGACUACAGGCCGCCGGAGAACAAGCAGAGGCCCAGAAGCUCGCAGGAGCUGAAGCAUCCGCGAAGCGCUGUCCUCUCCGGUGUCGUUUUACCCCUCCUUUCCGAGCUUCAACGGAAGCAUCAAUAUUCGACAAGAGACAAUAACGGCGAGGGCGGAAGCAGCAUUAGCAAGAACGGAGGCGCGAUAGAGGAACUGCGCACCGCGUUCGAGACGGCGGAGCGGAAUUCGCCGGGGAUGACCGAGGCUCUCGUCAGCGAGCUUCUCAAGUCCUUACUUCCUGCCAACCACUCGGAGGGUCGUCUGUCCAUGCUGAUGGAGAAGGGAUACGUAGGGGCGCGAGAGGGCGAGGGUUCGCAAGAGAAUGUGGUCCGAGAACAUCUUGACGUUGUAACGACUCGUUAAUUCUCGUUUAUCAGAUUUAUUAUUCCGUUACGAGUCGGUACGUUGUCGACGAGUGCCGGGUCCGAACGUGAGGCAGGAAGCUAGAAGAAGAACGUCGCUGCAACGGCCCGGACAGUGUUUUUUCUUUUUCUCUUCGGUCUGCGACGAGCAGAAGCCACGACGGAGCUUGUCCGUUUCGCUUUCAACGUCACCCCCGACACGAGCCACGAGCAGAUGCGAGCAGACACGAGACGUUCCAGCGACGCUUCGCGACGCGAUUUAGUCCGAUAUAUAUUUUGAUUUCUAUUUCAUCGACGAUUCCGUUCGAGAACAACAGAUGCGAAAAUGUGGGCGAACGAAUGACAGCGAGCGAGCGAGCGAGAGAGGGAGAGAGAGAGAGAGCGAGAGAGAGAGAGAGAGAGAGCAAGUUCUAUCUAGAUCUAUCCGCUAGAGUAACAAGUUGUACCAUCCAAUCGCCGCCGCGCAAGGCGACAGUUACCGUUUUAACUCCUGAAGAUAUUAGCCCCCCAGUAUCCCACCCAGAAAGAACAAAAAAACGAUCGUUAACGAACCGUUAGUAUAUUUCGGGGAGAAAAGAAAUACCGGAAUAAACAUAAAAGAAUUAAAAAAUGCGCAAGACGUAGGUGAUAGUCGAGAAAUAUUUUUGCAAAUCAUGCAGCCACACCCGUUCGGAAUUCUUUGUACGUUCUUCGUGUUUCGGUAUCGACGCGAGCCUCGAGAGCAAACUGGAAAAGAUGCGUGGUGCGUGUGAUCUUGACGGAUAGAGAAGAACAAAAAGAGAAAAAGGGUACUUCGUUGACGGGAUCUUCUUGCCUCAUUGUAGAUACAUCCGGAACAUGCACUAUCCACACAUCAUCUUACCAGAGAUCGUUAGAGACUUAUCGUAGACGUGUUCCAAAUCGCAUCGGUAUACCAGACCAGUAGAGACGUUAUUUA